UCAAACAGGACGAUUACGGCGGACACUGCCUGUCGCCUUGUGUGUGUGUGUGUGUGUUUGCUUUCGUCACGGGGUGGACAAAAUGGAAAACGCAGAGCGACACCGUUACCGACACUGACACCGAGACACUGAAACACCGAAGAUAGCGAUAUCCCGAAACGGAACGGAGACACGGAAAUAAAGACGACGAUGGGUCUGCGUCUGACCGAAUCUCUGAUUUUGAUGCCGAGAGUCGAGUGAUAAAACAAAAGGCAAGCACCCGGAACGGGAUCCAAUCCGAUCCGCUUGCCCCCGUUGCCCCUUGACACUUUUUUUUUUGUGGCAUUACGUGAUAAUAAAGUAGCGGCAAUCAGUUUUGAGAACUGUGUGCCACGGCUUAUGCAAAUUUUGUAAAAAGUCUGUUAAGAGCCAAUUCUCAAAAAAUCGCUCUCUGGCCCAAAAAAAAAACAAAAUACCACAAAAAAAGAAGUUAGGCCGCAAAAGCCGCCAUUUAACUUUAACGUUGUGUGCGACCAAUAAUAAAAAAAAAACAAAAAAAAACGCAAGGAAGACCAAAGAAAGCCCAAGAGAAGUAGCAGCAUGGCCUGCUUUUUUAGAACCCAAACUCGGCAAAUGCCGCAGCAGCAGCAGCAGCAAAAGGAUCAAAAAUGCCAGCGACGACAGUAGCAGCAACAGCAACAGCAACUUAGUGCAGCAACAACAGAAAUUAGGCAAAAGCAAGAAGAACCAGUAAAAGCCGAAGUAGCGGAAGACUCUGUCCAUAGGCAGUGAGCAGGAAGGCAGGCAACAAUAAGGGGCAGGACAGCAGCAAGCAACAACAAGGAGGGGCACAUCUAAACAGACGGCUGCAAAAUGCGCCACGGCUUAAAGUUGAGCUGCCUUUGGCCAAGCUUUUUAUUAUGGCUAACAUGGAGCCAAGGCAGCAGCAGCAGCCACAGCAGCAGUAGAGGAGCAGGAAUUGGAGGAGUCAGCGCACAGCCAUCAUUAACCGAGAAAAUCCCAUUAGGUGCCAUUUUUGAGCAGGGAACGGAUGAGGUGCAAUCGGCCUUCAAGUAUGCGAUGCUCAAUCACAAUUUAAAUGUCUCCUCCAGAAGAUUCGAGCUGCAGGCCUAUGUGGAUGUGAUCAACACAGCGGAUGCCUUCAAACUAUCGCGACUUAUUUGCAAUCAAUUCUCGAGGGGCGUCUACUCAAUGCUGGGGGCCGUCUCCCCGGACUCUUUUGACACCCUGCACUCCUAUUCGAAUACCUUUCAGAUGCCGUUCGUGACGCCUUGGUUUCCCGAGAAGGUGCUUACGCCAUCGUCUGGCUUUCUCGACUUUGCCCUCAGCAUGCGACCGGAUUACCAUCAGGCAAUCAUUGAUACCAUACAAUUUUAUGGCUGGCGCAAGAUAAUUUAUCUAUACGAUUCACACGAUGGCCUCCUGCGCCUGCAGCAAAUUUAUCAGGGCCUGAAGCCCGGUAACGAGUCCUUUCAAGUGGAGCUGGUCAAGCGCAUAUCCAAUGUCAGCAUGGCCAUAGAGUUCCUGCACACGCUGGAGCAACUCGGACGCUUCACCAGCAAGCACAUCGUCCUCGACUGUCCCACGGAAAUGGCCAAACAAAUACUUAUCCAGCAUGUGCGCGAUUUGCGCUUGGGACGUCGCACCUAUCACUAUUUGCUGAGUGGUUUGGUCAUGGACGAUCGCUGGGAGAGUGAGAUAAUCGAAUUUGGGGCCAUUAACAUUACGGGCUUUCGCAUUGUGGAUACCAAUCGGCGGCUGGUGCGCGAUUUCUACGACAGUUGGAAGCGACUGGACCCACAGAUGAGUGUGGGGGCUGGCCGUGAAUCGAUUUCGGCCCAGGCUGCUCUCAUGUACGAUGCUGUGUUCGUUCUGGUCGAGGCGUUCAAUAAAAUCCUGCGCAAGAAACCGGAUCAAUUCAGGAACAAUGUGCAGCAGCGUCGCAGCCAGAAUCUAAUGGUAGCCCAGGCCGCUGCUUCGACGUCCAGUGAUGGUUACAACAAUUACAACAACAAUAAUGCCAAUAGCAGUACCCACAGCGGUGGUGGAGGUGGCGGCGGCGGUGCUGGUGGCAUCGAUUCUGGAUCCAAUGGUGCCUCCACGUCGUCGCGAGCAUUGGACUGUAAUACGGCGAAGGGUUGGGUGAAUGCCUGGGAGCAUGGUGAUAAAAUAUCGCGUUAUUUGAGAAAGGUGGAAAUCGAGGGUCUUACCGGUGACAUCAAAUUCAAUGAUGACGGCAGACGCAUCAAUUACACGUUGCAUGUUGUCGAGAUGACAGUAAACAGUGCCAUGGUAAAAGUGGCCGAGUGGAAUGACGAUGCCGGCCUGCAGCCACUGAAUGCCAAGUAUGUGCGUUUGCGUCCGCAUGUGGAGUUUGAGAAGAAUCGCACAUACAUAGUGACCACUGUACUGGAGGAGCCGUACAUAAUGCUGAAGAAGGCGGCCUUUGGCGAGAAGUUGCACGGCAAUGAACGCUUCGAGGGCUAUUGCAAGGAUCUCGCCGAGUUGCUCUCCAAGGAAUUGGGCAUUAAUUAUGAACUCCGUUUGGUCAAGGAUGGCAAUUACGGUUCAGAGAAGUCAAAGACCCACGGCGGAUGGGAUGGAAUGGUGGGGGAGCUGGUGCGCAAGGAAGCGGAUAUUGCGAUUGCCGCCAUGACGAUUACCGCCGAGCGCGAACGUGUCAUCGACUUUAGCAAGCCGUUCAUGUCGCUGGGCAUUUCAAUCAUGAUUAAGAAGCCAGUGAAGCAGACGCCCGGAGUGUUCAGCUUCAUGAAUCCUUUAUCACAGGAAAUUUGGGUGAGCGUCAUCUUCAGCUACAUUGGAGUGAGCAUUGUGCUGUUUUUUGUGUCACGCUUCUCGCCACAUGAAUGGCGUCUCGUGCAACAGCAGCCGCAACAAUCACAGCCGCCAGAUCCGCAUGCACAUCACGAACAACUUGCCAAUCAGCAGCCGCCCGGCAUCAUUGGAGGUGCAACCGGACCGAUGGCAGUGCCGGCCAUGCCCCCCGGCCCGCCCACACCCGGGGCACAGUCGGCAGCCAGUGCCGCUGCCCUGCAGGCGGCGAUCUCCGCGUCCGCUGCUUCUGCCUCCGUUUCGGUGUCCAGUGGGUCAUCGACGUCGGCAGUGAAUGAGUUCAGCAUUUGGAACAGCUUCUGGUUCUCAUUGGCCGCCUUCAUGCAGCAGGGAUGUGAUCUGUCGCCCCGUUCCGUUUCGGGGCGGAUUGCGGCCGCCUCCUGGUUCUUCUUCACCUUGAUACUCAUCUCCUCGUACACGGCCAAUCUGGCGGCAUUCCUCACCGUCGAGCGCAUGGUGACGCCGAUUAAUUCGGCUGAGGACCUGGCCAUGCAGACGGAGGUCCAGUACGGCACUCUGUUGCAUGGCUCCACCUGGGAUUUCUUUAGGCGCUCCCAAAUCGCACUACACAACAAAAUGUGGGAAUAUAUGAACUCUCGGCCGAACGUCUUUGUGCAUACGUACGACGAGGGUAUCAAACGCGUGCGCACCUCCAAGGGCAAGUAUGCUUUGCUGGUGGAGUCGCCGAAAAAUGAAUAUGUAAACGCCAGGGAGCCAUGCGACACAAUGAAAGUGGGCCGCAAUCUGGAUACAAAGGGAUUUGGCAUUGCCACGCCGCUCGGCUCUGCCCUCAAGGAUCCCAUCAAUCUGGCCGUCCUAACGCUCAAGGAGAACGGCGAGCUGAUCAAGUUGCGCAACAAAUGGUGGUACGACAAAACGGAAUGCAAAACGGACGGCCAGGAGGCCUCGCACAAUGAACUCUCGCUGAGCAAUGUGGCCGGUAUAUUCUACAUAUUGAUUGGCGGCCUUCUAGUCUCCGUGCUGGUGGCCAUUCUAGAGUUUUGUUUCCGUCGAAAGGAUGGCCGUUCCUCGGGCGGCGGCGGCUCCAACGGGCAUGGUCCUAUGGGCAUUGCCAUUGGCAGUGCGAUGGGCGUCGGCGGCAGCCUGGGCAAGGCCAAUGGCUCAAUGAUGCUGCAUGGACAGAAUAGCGGGGGAGUGCCGGGCGUAAUGCCGCCGUCCACACAUCAAAGAAGUUCCCUGACGGACACAAUGCAUUCGAAGGCGAAAUUGACUAUCCAAGCGAGCCGCGACUAUGACAAUGGACGCGUCGGGUAUCUCAAUUGCGCCUCGUUGCAGUAUUAUCCACCCGCACAGCUUUCAUCGAACCAGGGCGCCGAUGGCGGCGUCGAGGCCCUGCACAUGAAUGCUCAUGGCCAGGUUUGACAUGAGCACGCGCAGGAAUCGCGCCUCUGACGCACACCCUGCGCGCCCACAAUACGCCGCAUAAUGGCCAACAGUCGCCAGGACACGGAAAAGAUGAUGGGAGGAGCGGGAGCGGCACCUACUGCAAUCAGCUGCAAUAGCAGCCACGAGGGUAGCCUAUCGCCGGGCAGCGGUAGCGCCACUUUGAUGCGCCACUCGCCGGACAUCAACCAGCAGCAGCAGCAGCAUCCCUAUGGCAAGUAAGGACAACCUCUCGCCUGUAGCUAUUAAGUGAGAUACAGCCGCAGCCUUUCGGGCAGUCGAGGAUGGUCGGGGGUCAGUGUCCGAUACGGAUAUUAAUCUUUAAACAAGUGCGAAAGCGCAUUACACAAUAAAUUUCACUAACACUAUAUUUAUGCGUAUGUUCGUGCAUGCGUGUGUGUGUGUGUUUAAAGGCCGCUGUGUAAUCAUUUGGCAAAUUCUUUUAGCCUGUCAGCAAAAGGCAAUGUCGGGCGUAUAAAUUAUUGCAUUACUGUUAACAUUUGGUGACCCGCAAGCAGGGUGGGCGAGGGGAUGGGUAGGAGGAGAAAAAACCAUAAAUAUAUUCAAAAAUUGUAUGCUCUCAUCUGUGUACGGAUAUGACACAUACUUCUCGUACAGAUACAUAUGCAUAUACAUAUAUGUAUAUAUAUAUACACGUAUAGGCCAUACACAUAGUGCAAUGCAAUUCAUUGCAUUCAAAUGACUGAUUAAUAUUUUUUUUUAGUAAUAAACAAUAAGAACACAAAUAUGCCAUGCCCCCCCACACACACACACAAAACUCUUUCAAUAGCUAAAAGAAAAAAAAAUAUAUAAAAUAUGGAAAAUGGGACACGCGAUAUUAAGUGGCUCAAAACGGAGGGAUUUUCAUUCAUAUUUUUGAUGUUGUUUUUCUUUUCAUUGCGGGAUUUGUAGUCGCAUAUUUGUUUAUAAUUAAAUUACAGAAAACACACACACAACAAAAAACUAAUGAAAACAAGACGAAGUGUCGAAGGGAGGUGGCGGCGAGGGGUCCUACAUAAAUAUUGUAAUAAAUUAAUUAGCGCUAAAUAAAGAAAAUAGUUUAAGCCCAUCGUUUGAGUCCAUGAAUGCAAAAAACGGUUCAAAAAUAUCCCACAAAUGGCCCAGACAGCAGAAUUUUAAUUAAAUUUAUUUUAAUUGAAUUUGAAACUGUUUUGAUUUGAUUUGAGAGAGCAGCAUGAAAAAAUGAGGAUGAUUUUGCACACAGAUUUAUGUUAUGUAUGGUUCUUUUUCUCCAUAUUCCACAAUUCGAUAGGGCAUUCGGGGCAAUCCUUUUGUAUCAUCUUCUUCGUCACUGCGGUCACUACAUAGGAGGGAGAGAAGGCUCUGGUUUGAAAAGGACAGGCGAUCGUUUGUAUUUGUGGCUGAGCGAAAUUAAGAAAGAUAUAUAUAAAGUCUCUUAACCAAGAUUGAAUCUUCUUUGUCUUUGCCUUAAAUUAAAUUUUUAUUUGAUUUGAUUUGAUUUAAUUUAAAUUGAUUUAAGCAGCGAUUAAUGCGAUUUUGCACAGAGAAUUUUUUUAAUAUAUAAUCCCAAACUUCCCCAGAGUGGCAGGAGAGUCAGGAGGAGCAGGAGCAAGAGUAGGUACCAACUAUUAGGAUUAGGUUUAGGUUUAAGUUCAGGCUAAAAGAUAGAUAAUGUUUAAAUUGUAGGGAAAAAUCAAGCGUACAACAAGAGUCGCAUACUUCCGAGAGCAUCCGAACAGGAGACGUCGUAGCCAUAGCCAUAGCUUAGCCAUAGCCAUAGCCAUAGCCAUUAGCCGUAAUGUCGUAUUACUAGUGUAAGUGUAUAAAAAUCAACGCUAAUUGUAGCUGCAUUUUUUUUUUUUUUGAUGUGGAAAAAGACAAGAUACAGAGAUACUACCAUUAAAUGAAAAGAAAAAAAUAAAUGAUCAAUUCAUAUCAAAAGACAUUAAAAAUGGUACUAAGUUUAUCCAAAAAAAUUAAAAAAUACACAAAAAAAAAAAUAAAAAAUAACUAUCAUAAAUAAACAGUAAAAAAAUAACUAAUAACUGAUGUAAAAUAUUUAUGAAUUUAUAAUGUUGAUAGCUCAAAUUUACUUAUGUAUGUACAUAUGUAUGUUUGCAUGUAUGUGUGUGUGUGGUGGAGAACCAUCUUCAGUCGAGAUGGUAUGCCGUUUUCUUAUGUAUUUCUGGAUAUUUUUCGGGUUGCAUAAAUCUUUUAUGAGCCAAAAAAAAAA